AUGGGUAUUAUCAAUGAAAGCAAUCAUUCGUUAUCAUUUUCAUUUGACGAUGAUACAGAUUUUUCUCAUAAACUUAAUAUCAUACAAGGAUGUAUUUAUAUUCCAAUUUUUUGUGCUGGCAUAGCUAAUAAUUUAUUAACUAUCUUAAUUAUUUUACUAAAUCGAGAUAUGCAUACAGUUACGAACUGUUAUUUACUAAAUUUAGCUAUAAGUGAUAGUUUACCAUUAAUUGUUAGUUUACCAUUUGAAAUAGCGUUUUUACCAAUUACAGUACCAUGGGGACAACUUGGUUGUAAACUUCGAAGUCUUCUUGCUGAAACUUCUACAAAUGCAUCAAUUUUAACCAUUAGUGCAUUUACAAUUGAACGUUAUUUAGCUGUAUGUAGACCACUUCAUACAUCAUUUUUAUCAACAACUCGACGUGCGAUUAAAAUACAAAUAUUCAUAUGGUUUAUUGCAAUCUUAUCUUCGACACCUUAUUUAUAUAUAACAAAAAAAGUCCAUAAUUUUUGUUCAUUCGAUCAAGAUUUUCAUUUAUUAAUUAAAAUAUGUUUUUAUAUAUCGGCAACAAUUUUUUUUGUAUUACCCGUAUUUAUUCUUUGUAUAUUAUAUGCAUUAAUGGCACGACGUUUAUAUUCAGCUGGUUUACUUCAUGGUGUACGUUGGUCAAAAAUUAGUGGAAGAGAAUCAUAUUCAAUAUCAGGACAUUUAAGAAGUAUUGAAAAUGAUAAUAAUGGUUUAGAAUAUAAAUUUAAAAAUUUUUCUCGUUCAUCAACACGUUCUCUCAUGAGAAAAGAUCCAUCUAUACGACGUAAUAAUAGUUUUACAGCUACACAACAAUUAAAUAUUCCAUCAAUGAAAAAAUCAGCUUUUAAAAUGCUUUUUGCUGUUGUCAUUGCUUUUAUAAUAUGUUAUGCUCCAUUUCAUGUACAACGUCUAAUUACAAGUAGUUCCAAUGUUCAUCUCUUUUCAUUAAGUCAACAACGUGCAAUAACAAUAUUUUAUUUCAUUAGUGGUAUUUUCUAUUAUCUUGGUUCAACAAUAAAUCCAAUUUUUUAUCAUUUAUUUUCUCAUAAAUAUCGUGAAGCAUGGAUACGUACAAUGAAACGAAUUGUUUAUUGUCAACGACACCAUCAUCGCCACCAUCACCAUCAUCAUCAUCAUCAUCGUCAAUGCAGUCAAAAUAAUAAUGAUCAUUUUCAUAAAACAUGUAAAUCCUCUACAGUAGCACGUCUGGUUGUAUGCACAAAUAUACCUCGACCAUCAUUAAAUAAAACGUCAAGAACACUAGAAACAAUCUAUGGACCAUCGAAUAAAUAUAAAACUAGUAUUGAUAUGAAUUGUAAUAAACAGCAUGUUUUACGACUAUCAUUACCUACAUUUAAUACUGAACGAAUACGAUUAUGA